CCUCCAUCUCGCCCGCCGGAUCGACCGCCCUUCCCCCGUCUCCGCAGACAUCCACCCCGCAGAUGGCUUCCAAGAAAGCCGACCCGGUCAUCCCGCAGACCAUCAUCACAACCGCGUCGUUUCCGCCCGACCAUGGCCAGAGCCGCAUCGCCAUCGGCAGCGCCAACGACGAGGCCGUCUCGCUCAAGCUGGCACAAGAGUCGUUCGAGCCCGAGGGGGAUCUGGACCUCGGCCUCGAGGCCGCUGUGACGACCCGCUACUACAAGGGCACCGCCAUCCACCUCGUCUACAACGACGACAUCACCGCCUUUGACCAGAUCCUAGCCUGGAAGCUGCAGAAUCCGCAAGCCACCUUUGCCGACGCCUGCCAGAAUUUCUGCGCUCGAGAGGGUGUCUUUGUGCAUGCCGAUGCCAUCAUCAAGAUCCUCUACGCCCAUGUCAACACCCACUGGGACGUCGUUCUCAAAUACGACCCCCCUGCCAAGCACCACAAGCACGGCUCGCCCUCGGCCUCGGUUUCGUCGCUGCACCUGGCUCUCAAUGGCGCCGCAAAGCCGUCCGAGAGAGACCAGAGCCUCCAGAAGGCUCGGGCAAAGUUUGAGUUCGAGCUGCUCCUCAACAACCUGUUCCUGGUCCGCGAAAAGGACAUGGACGUCGAGGAUGGUCCCACCUACGUGAAGAUUCUGAUUCCUUUUGCCAAACUGUGCCAGGAGGCCGAGAAGCUCCAGCUCAAGCUCACCGUCACGCAACGUUUUGAGCGCAUCCGCGAGCGAGUGCUCCAGAGAAGCGAGCGUGUCCGCGAGGAGCAUGCCAAGCAGAUGAAGAUGAAGGGCCUUACAGCGACUCCAGCGACUCCGCGCCGCAACGAGAAGCCCGACGCCAACGUCGCUACCGUCAGCGUCCCCAUCGAGGGCGGCGGCGUCGCCAUUCUGAAGGUGGAGGAAAAGUCCAACGACACCAUCGCGAAUGUCCCCACCGGCGGAAACGGCUCCGACGCUGGCGCAGCCUCAUCGGGCGAUAAGAUCGUCUCGGCCAGGAUCCGGGACGGCCCUCCUCCGGUCACCAAGAAGACCUUUGAUCAGGAGAACGAGGAGUACUACUCGGAGAGCCCCAGCCGCCAGCUCCGGUCGCUGAUUCGGUACAUGUUUGCCAUCGUGACGCUGCCGAUCCAAGUCGACGCCGAGCCUUUCCACCGCGACCGCGUGGCCGAUUUCCGUGGCGGCAUGGAUCCCGAAGGACAGCUCCAGAUCCGUUUCUUCAGCAACAGUCACCGCAACCUGCUGACUGGCGCUGUUAUCCGACGCAUCAAGAUCCGCGGCUUUGGUGGCAGCAAGCUGAACCAGGGCAUCGAGAAUCUGAUUGCCGACGGCGUCUACACCGAUGUAUUCGCUAUCCACGAUGGACCGGCGCAUCACCAGGGCGCAUCGAGCGAGACCAAUCCCCGCCAUGUGAUGUUCACCGAGAUCAACAACUCCCACAUCCUGGUUUCGCUUCCCCUGCGCCAGAUUCGCAACUAUUUCGGCGAAAAGAUUGCUUUCUACUUUGCCUGGCUGAACUUUUAUGCCCUCUGGACAGUCUUUGCUGCCAUCGUCGGCAUCGUCAUCACCAUCAGCGGGAUCAUCUAUGGUAGUUUGGUCCCGAUCAAGUUCAACAGCCUGGACGAGGCCAACAACGAGAUCAGCAUUCGCUUCUUCUUGAUCUUUGACAACUUCCUGACGCUGCCCUUUGCGAUCUUCAUGGGCGUCUGGUCUGCUCUGUUCCUGGAGUUCUGGAAGCGCCAGAACGCAAUCUUGAAGGUCAUGUGGAAGGUCACGGACAUGAAAGUCGUCGAAAACCGCCGUGCCCAGUGGCACGGCACGGCCCUCCGCAAGUCGCCCGUCACCAAGAAAACCGAGGUGUACUUCCCCAAGCCCGUUCAGGACCGUCGCCGCACGGUCGCCUGGACCGUGAUCUUCUUCUCGGCCGUGUUUAUGGGCGUGGUGCAGUUUGCGAUCGUGAUCUGGCGCGCCUUCGCCCGCACCCACGUCUCGACCACGAUCUCGGUAGUGUCGUCGGCCCUGAUCUCGCUCGUGAUCAUCUUUGUGCUCACACCGUUGUACGACUCCAUCUCCACAAAGCUUAACGAGUGGCUCAACUGGAAGUCCAACAUUGACUAUGACAACUCGCUCACUGUCAAAAAGUUCCUGGGCUCGUUCAUCGUCACAUACUCAUCGCUGAUUUACAUCGGCAUGUUCAAGAACGUGAUCGGCCAGGAGCUGAUCUUUGGUCUGUCGGACUCGUGCGGAUUUUCUUCCAAGAGCAGCUGCCUGUCGGAGCUGAUGAUCAACUUGAUCAUUAUUUUCCUCGGCCUCCAGUUCGUUGCCCAGAUCCAACAAGUUGUCAUUCCUAAACUGCUCAAGUCCUACAAACUCUGGAGGAAGAAGGUGUCCAAGCGAUCCAACUCGACCGACUUUACCAACCACACACGUCCUCAGUUCAUGCACGAUGACAUCCUGACGCCUUACUCGCAAGAGGACGACUACUCUGCUAAAGUCCUCCAGUUCGGCUUCAUUUCGCUGUUCUCGUGCGCCUUCCCUCUGGCCCCGUUCUUUGCCGCCCUGAACAACAUCGUCGAGAUCCGCAUUGAUUCCUAUCGUUUGCUCGUUGAGCACCGUCGCCCCUUCUCUCUCCGAGCCCAAAACAUCGGCCUCUGGGAGGACAUCCUGACGGCCGUGUCGUACGUCGGUGUGUUCACAAACGGCGUCAUCAUCGCAUUCAGCUCGGACUACUUUGACGAGUACAUUGCCAACGCCAUCAGCCCGACCAACCCCACGGCGGUCAAGCUUGCAUUUGUGCUGCUGUUUGAGCACAUUGUCUUGAUCCUGAAGUACAUCAUUGUCAUCGCCAUUCCCGAUGUGCCCGAGCGUGCCCGCGAGGCUAUGGAACGCGAGCUGUACCUGGAUCGUGUCGACAACGAAGAAGUGAUCGAGGAUGAGGACGAGACCGACAUUGCCGAAGACCUGGUGAUCUCGCGCAAGCGAUGGUUCAGCUGGUUCUCGUGAGCCGCUUUCUUUCUCCACUUGCCCUUGCACUCUCUCCAUUUGCUCGCAGUUUUUCUCUCUGAGGGCUCCCAACCUCGCUUAUCCUUUCUAUCUUUGUCGCUCCUGUGGUUCGUCUCGCUUGGGGGUUCUCAACCGGUAUCUCCUGUCUGUGGUCUGGUUGGAUCUCCACCUGUGGAGUACAGCGAUACAACCUCCCCCUGACAGCUCCCUCCCAUGGCUGCUGCUUCUGCCUCUGCUCUAGCGCCGCCCUGCUUCUGUCUGCCGUCCCCGUUGUUUGUCUGUCAACUCAUUCCCGCCUCUGGUGUUCGUUGUCUUUGUUGCUAUCGCUUUUUUGCUUGUUUUUUCUGUGGACCUGGCUCCCUUUUCUUUCCGAUGUGCGCAUGUUGAAUACAGCAUUAUGAAACUGGA